ACCCCAACCACGUCCCCGCCGAACCACCCUUUCCCUUUCGACACUUUCAGCCCCCCACCCCGCCCUUUUCCAAGCGUGUCCCGGGCCGCCGCCGCAGAAACCGCACCAUCUCUAACCCCACAUUCUCCACGCGGGACGCGCAGCCGUGUCUACAAGUGUUCUUAGAGCAGAGAUGAAUAAUACUGCAGCCAGCCCCAUGUCUGCUGCCCCUUCAAGCAGUGGAAGAAGCGCAGGGAAGUCAAUAAGCUUCACCGCAGAAUUGCAGAGUAUGAUGUUUUCUUUAGGUGAUGCUCGGAGGCCUCUUCAAGAAACAGCAGUUUUGGUAGAAGAUGUAGUGCACACUCAGUUAAUUAACCUGUUACAGCAAGCUGCUGAAGUUUCUCAGCUUCGGGGAGCAAGAGUAAUCUCUGCUGAAGAUCUUCUGUUUCUGAUGCGCAAGGAUAAGAAAAAACUUAGAAGACUGCUGAAAUACAUGUUUUUCCGAGACUACAAAUCAAAGAUUGUCAAAGGCAUUGACGAGGAUGAUCUUCUGGAAGACAAAUUGAGUGGCAGCAAUAAUGUAAACAAAAGACAAAAAAUCGCUCAAGACUUUCUCAACUCUAUUGACCAAACAGGAGAACUCUUGGCAAUGUUUGAAGAUGAUGAAAUUGAUGAAGUUAAACAAGAAAGAAUGGAGAGAGCAGAAAGACAAACUCGAGUUAUGGAUUCGGCUCAAUAUGCAGAAUUCUGUGAAAGUCGACACUUAAGUUUCUCCAAAAAAGGGUCCAAAUUUCGAGACUGGUUGGACUGCGGUAGUAUGGAGAUAAAGCCCAAUGUUAUUGCUAUGGAAAUUUUAGCAUAUUUAGCGUAUGAAACUGUGGCACAGUUAGUGGAUCUGGCCCUUCUUGUGAGGCAGGACAUGGUAACCAAGGCAGGAGACCCCUUCAGCCAUGCCAUUUCCGCCACCUUCAUUCAGUACCACAACUCUGCGGAGGGGUCUUGCAUGAAGCCCUAUCCAGACUCUCCUGAGAACACACCUCCUCCUACACCAACAGCUCCAUCCGUGGGCUCACAGCACUCGGGGAAGACCACAUCAGGAUCCCUAGGGAAUGGGAGUGCUGGACAAGACUCAGCUAAGACCAAACAAAGGAAAAGAAAAAAGAGCACUGCGGCCUGUGGUGUUGAGGCUCACAGCGAUGCCAUCCAGCCCAGCCACAUCAGAGAGGCCAUCCGACGCUAUGGCCACAAGAUUGGCCCCCUUUCCCCAUUCACAAGUGCCUACCGCAGGAAUGGGAUGGCUUUUCUGGCCUGCUGAUGUGACUGCGACUGCGGCAACAGGAAAGGCAAUGUUAUAUUAAGACUGAGUGUGGGCUGGGCACUUCCCUGCUCUAGCAGCUGAGUCAUCCUUCUGACAUCUAUACUUUCUCCAACAAAUGAGGAACUGUCACUCUUGGAAACAAACUUGAAUAUAGAAGUAAUAUACAGAUCUUGAUUCAACUUGAAUUGGAAAAAAAGGAAGUUAUCUCUUUCAUACUUGAUGAGUUUUGCGUAAUUUUACUUUUAUUGUAGUUUCUACAUGCACUGAGACAACCUUUGUCAAGAAUUAAUAAAAAUAUAAAUGAGAAGCGUGAAGGAUUUUCCUGCUAUGACCAGAUCACAGUGAGACCCAGCUAACGGGAUUGUGCCACAAUAGCUUCCCUGGUGGCUCAGACGGUAAAGCGUCUGCCUGCAAUGCAGGAGAGCCGGGUUCAAUUCCUGGGUCGGGAAGAUCCCCUGGAGAAGGAAAUGGCAAUCCACUGCAGCACUCUUGCCUGGAAAAUCCCAUGGAUGGAGGAGCCUGAUAGGCUACAGUCCGUAGGGUCGCAAAGAAUCGGACAUGACUGAGCAACUUCACUUUUACUUUUUCAUUCACAUUUGUGAACUAUCAUUUACCUGUUCUGUGUUAGUCCUUCUGGAAAAAAUCUUCAUGUCAAG